GCCCCUGCACGUCUGUUUUCAUCGUGGAUUUGAUUGGACUUCCUUAUCGCUGGCAGCAGGCAGGAAAAGGGACCCGGAGACGGCCAAAGAUCCACCGCCCUGGCAGCCAGGCUGUAUGUUUGAAACAACAAGCUUCAGAUCAGAAAUGAUUAGUGUAGACUGCCACCCCAGCAAUUCUGUGUAUGAGAUCACUUCUGUAUGUGUGUGUGUGUGUGAGAGUGUGUGUCAGGGAGGGGUACUGCUUACUUUACUGGCACCUGAUGCGUGCACGUCAAAUCCAUUUCACCCACAGCAAUCAACACAUGGACAUGAAUGAAUCAGCCACGCCAUUAGAUCUCUGCAUUCAUGCACUCAGACCCUCCCAGCAGCCGGGUACCCAGCCAUUAAGGCUUUCCGUCUGUGCGUAAAUGCAUUGCGCGCCAUGUGUCUGCCAUUUUAAACUUGGCUUUAUUAUUAUCAUCUUUGUUUUCUCAUAUCUAGGAUCAGAGUCGGUGAGACACCGUCAUCGUCAGAGACAGUCUUGCCCUCGCUCUCCGUCCUUGUCAGUUCUCGCUGGCACCAGAAAUGUUGCCUAGUUUUUCUGGUUGCGUGGAAACUAAAAGGCUGCACUGAGCGAGCCCUGGACUGUGGGAGCAUUUCCAGUGGCGCGUCGUGGCUGCCAGAGAACAAGUUUAACGAGCUGCAAGAGGACCUGGACGGAAGCGAACCAAAACACUGACCGAAUUGCCUUUUCAAACGCGCACUGAUCUGCUGAAAGAGAUUAUUGUUGGGCAGCUGACUGUGAACAGCACAUCAUGAAAAGGAGAGGAAAAGCAGCUAAGACGUUUAAGACCUACUGGGGAGGUUGAUGUGGAUUUCAAGUCCUGCGGCCAAGUGGUCCUUCCUGGAGUAUGCCCGUAUCCCACGAUGUUCCUACCUGCAGACUGGCUGCUGCGCCACUCGGUGGUCAUGUGUUUGCUGCUGCACAGCCUGGUGCUUAUGACCUUCUGCUUUCACCAUGCUGCCACCAGUUGCUCAAAGAGCUGUUACUGCUCUGAGAGCGAGACUGGCGGAAAGACGAUGCGCUGCAGCAAUCUACAGCUCACAGAAAUCCCCCAGGAUAUCCCCAAUGACACACGACGCAUCUACAUGGACUUCAACCUCUUCACCACAGUCCCAAUGAAUGCUUUUGCAGGUUUGCCCCACCUGGUUGAACUAGAUCUGUCACAUAAUGAACUGAGCCAAUUAGAACCAGGGGCAUUCAGAGGAUUGGGCUCUUCACUACAGUUCCUAGACCUUUCUUCAAACAAGUUAGUGAACUUUAACCCUGAGGCCUUCGAGGGCUUGCGGGCUCGCGCCAACCUAACAAACAACCCAUGGCAUUGUGACUGCAACUUGCAGAUGGCUUUGCCCCGUGUGGACCUGGAGCCUGCUUCACUGACGGGCAUCAUGUGCCAGACUUCAGAUCCUGAGGAAAUAGGAGUUCAAGGACUUGCCUUCCUUUUGGCCCCAGACAUAGACCUAUGUGUCGUGAUGAAGAGGACUACAGACGUGGCCAUGCUGAUCGUCAUGUUCGGCUGGUUCACCAUGGUCAUCUCCUACCUGGUCUACUAUGUCAGGGCUAAUCAGGAGGAUGCCCGCAGACAUCUGGAGUAUCUCAAGUCAUUGCCCAGCAGGCAGGGCAAGUCAGAGGAAUCUUCCACAAUUAGUACUGUGGUAUAGGGCUGAUGGAACUCCAAAUGGGACCUGA